UGGGCCUUGACUCCAUCCAUCCCCCGGCCUGUUAGACCAAAGCAAUGGCCAAAUACAAACAUCGGCGAAGGAGGAAACCGAAAGGCCGGGCCAAAGCGCCGAUAAGGAGAAGAAAAGCUAUUGCCCCUCAGCCUGUGCCGCCAUUUCCUUCUCCUCUUCCUGAGAGGGUGAAUGAUACCCCUCCUGUGGAUCUGCCUAGUGGCCCAAACUGGCCCCUGCUAGCCUGGCAAAACAUUUUUCCCAGCCUCAAGGACACAGUAAAACUCUUCACUAAGAGAAUGUGGGCACUGUACCGGUGGUGCUGCUGCAGUGUAACACAGCGUUUGGAAAUGGUGAAAAAUGUUCUUUUCCCGUCACGCGUCUACCUUCGGGAGUUGAACACACUGAAGGAACAGUUCAGUAAGCUAGAAAGUGAAUUCUGCCAACUCCAGGAAGCUCUGAAGACCGGUUCUCCCCGAAGCUGCACUUGCCAAAGUUGUAAUAAAGCCUGUCACUUGAGCGAAAACCUUCCUGUCGUUCCUGCCCGUGACCCAACCACCCCUGGAGAACCAAGAGCAAUACCUCCUCCAGCAGCACUGCAACUGAAAGCCCUCCUACCUCCCCCUCCUCCUCCUCCCGCUCCUCCUCCUCCUCCUCCUCCACUUCCACCUCUUCCUCCUUCACUUCUCCCCCCUCCACCUCCCCCUCUUCCCCUGCCACCCCAUCCUCCAGCACCUCUGCUUCUCAAAAAGGUUGAUCGCACUAAAGCACUUCAGGGUGCACCUUUGAAAAGGAAUGGGCCCAUGCAUAUAACCGUUAAAGAUCUACUCAAUGUAAAAUUAAAGAAGACACAGAGUUCUACUGAAACGGACAAGCUCGUCUCACUGCGGAAAGAGCGAAACCCCCUGGUUACGGUCUCUGAUCUGCAAAGCAUUUCCCUGAAAUCCAACGCCAAACGCCCGCCGAUGCACGUCACAAACAUUUUAAUCACACCCAGCAGAAGCCAGUUAGAUCUGCGGAAACAUCUUAGAAAAGUCAAUGUAGAGAGGAGUCCUGGAGGAACUCCUUUGGUCAACAAGGAGAACAUGGAGACUGGGACCGGGCUAACUCCGUUAAUGACCCAAGCCUUGAGGCGCAAAUUUCAGCUUGCUCACCCAAAGAGCCCAUCCUAAACUCCAUCUACAGAAGGCUUCGAUGAGCAAAAUCGAUAUUUUGGUGCUAGCUGAGAGGCACCUCAGCUUCAUUUUAAAUCUGAUGUUUUAAGCGCACAUUCAUAUUCCAUAUUCCAUAAGUGGAUUUUUCCGUCCACAUUCUGUUUCUACACCUAUUCGAUGCACAGAACUCCGGAACUCCCACUGAGAGAAAAACCGGAUCAAGACUGUCCAUCUUGAGAAUGGAUUCGGUGGAGAAAAUGCCCCGUCCAGUGUUCUUCACAUCGAUGACCCCUAAGGUGUUUGGUGAGAGAAAUAUAUCUGUAUCCCAAGGUCGUCCCACUCCGUACUGCCGUUACUGCCCAUUAAAUGCUCAUCUCACCCUCACCAGUCUUCUAUCCAUCCCAGAAAGGCCUGCUGGCUGAAUCCCAACUAAUCAGAAAAUAAGGAAUUACCCAAAUGUUGACAAAGGGCUCUGGUGAAGUUGAGUGAGUAUCUUAGAGGGCAAAAGUAAAGUUUACAGUGACCCUGACCUCCAGUUUCAUUAUUUGUUGGCUUAAAUCGAACUUUAAAUAGGAGGAAUAAAUACUGUUGGCUUCCAAAUAAUAUAAAGGUUUCUAUCAAAUAAGGGUUUUCUUUUGGAGGAAAAAGGCUUUAGAAAUCUAAGCAAUAUAUGUGCAAGCUGCUAUUGCCACUGCUACAGCAUUAAAAUGCAUUGUACCCGUGCUUCCCACAGGUUUAUCUUUCCUCUUUUUUAAAAACUUCUUAUCACAGUUUGCUUUGUAUUUUUCCCAUUUUUUACUCUAUGUAAAUCGUUGUGCUUUUUAAAACCAUGCCGUACGGUUGACUGCCAAGACCUGGUCCUGGGGUACCCUGACAACCAGUUCACACAAAUAGCCCUGAGAGAACCUGGCUAUGUUUUGAAAUAAAGCGUUUUUUAUUUACACGUUUGAA